AUUAGUAUGUAAGACUUGAUUAUCGAUUAUCUCAAAGUUUUAUCUCUCUUGAAAUUGAAUAGUAGAGUUCCAACCAUCAUCAACCAUUCAAAUCCAACAAUUAUCGAAUCCAUAUCAUCCAAUGUAGCAUUCAGGUUGGCCAUGUUAUCUAUCAUCAUUUUGAAUUAUUUUUUGCAUUUCUUUUCCUUUUGUUCCCCCGCAUUCAUCUCACCCUCAAUUACCCGAUAAAAGGUAUUCAGUUUCAAACCAUAAACCUCUCCAUCAACAGGGUUUUCUCUCAGCUCCCCUUUCUCAUGAGUCAUGACAUCUAAUCUCUUUCAAUCACGCCGGUUUCUGACCAAGAAUCCGGGGUUUCCCAGUCGAUUUCACCUCGAAACUGCGGAAACACGAGUUUUAAGCGUUUUGGUUUGAGAUCAGUGGGUGAGACAGCGGUGGACGAGUCUAUGGAUCAAUCGGAGGUGCGACCCAAUAGUUUAGGCGAGAAGAGACCGUUGGAGGAAGGUGUCAAAAGCGAUUUGUGUAACAAGAAGGUUAGAGUAUGUGGUGAGGUCCGACAGAGGGUUAAUGUGAAGAAGGUGGCGGAGAUAGUGCUUGUGUUGGCUACAAUCGGGAAACUGAGAGCUGGUAGGAACCCUACGCCGGUGUAGAUUAAGAUGAUGGCACAGGCGAUUGAGAAGUUGGCUGACGUUUGUAAAAAAAUUGCGCCAAAAUAUGUUUUCCCUAAGGACGCUUUUGGGACGAUUAUUGAAGAUCUUGCUCCAAAGUUAGGGAUUCGUCCUCCAAAGUUGUCAAUUUCUGAACUGAUUGACGGAAACAAAAUUAGAUGGAAAAAUAUGAGGUGUUCCCAUUACACUCUGCUACUUCACAUGCUGUUGGAGCUUUUCCAUCAAAUAAAGCAGAUCACCCACCCAAUUCAUCUUCAGGAUUGCAUCAUCAUUCAACAGUUCUUCAUGCUUCCCCAGUUUCAAAUUCGAGAACUUUACCAUAUCAAUUGCCCACUUGCAGUCAUCUUGGAAGGCAUUCUACCGAGUCUAAGAUCUGGGAGACCACAUCUAAGAUCUGAUGAAAUAUUUAAUUAUCAUAGAGCACCAAUUACCCACAAAGAAAUUAGUAAAUUUGUUGAGAAAAUAUUACAAGCACAGAUAACAGAGCAACAGAAAUGGACUCCUCCUUCAAGGGACUACAUGAACAAGCCUUUGACUUGUCAAACUUGCAAAACCACAAUUACCAAAGUGGAUACAACACUCGUAUGUGAUGCAUGUGAAAAAGGGUACCACUUAAAAUGUCUACACUAUAUCCCAAAAUCAUUUUCAAGUGACAAGUGGCAAGAUUGGCAUUGUGUAAAAUGUUUAUCAAUCACCAAUGGGAAAAGGAAAGCUUUACCCCCUAAAUAUGGUCCUGUCAUUACAAGCUAAUUUGAAUUGUUUUUUUUUUUUUUUUGGAAAUCUAGUGAUUUCGAUAAAUGCUAUAGGUUAAUUGUCGAAUGUAAAUACAAAUGUGAUCUUUGAAUGCGUCUUAGUGGCUCUGAAUAAAGUAGGCAAUGGUCAUUGAUAAACAUAUACCAGAUAAAUUGAUCAGUUAAUUAUUGCUUACAUUUCUAUUA